UUUCCCAAUUCACAAAAUGGUCAGACCCUCAUCUCUAAAAGGCCCCAACAACUUCCUCAGAAAGCACAGGAAGUGGCCACACUCACCCUACAAGACCAAAUGGCACAAAACCUUCAAUCAAGAGCAAGCCAUGCAAACCUUAAAACAAGCAGCAGCAGCAACAACAGCAAUAGUAUUGGCAGCAGCACAAGAAAACCCCAUCAAACACCAACAACCCCAUCUCCUCUCCACUCUCGUUCACUCCUUCAACACCUACAACUGUGACCCAACACCCAGUGCCUACCUCUAUGUCCUUAAAACCUUCGCCAGAACCUCCCAGUUCCACCACAUUCCUCUCGUUCUCGACCGCAUCGAACGCGUUGAAAAGUUCGAGACGCCCGAGUAUGUUUUCAUUGAACUUAUAAAGAUUUACGGCAAUGCUGACAAGCUUCAAGAGGCUGUAGAUUUGUUUUAUGGGAUUGCCAGGUUUAGGUGUGUGCCUUCUGUGUACUCACUCAAUUCGUUGCUCUCAGUUCUUUGUAGGAAAAGCGAAGGUCUUAGAAUGGUUCCUCAGGUUUUGCUAAAGAGUCAGUUCAUGAAUAUACGGGUCGAAGAAUCAACUUUUCGGAUAUUAGUCAGUGCUCUUUGUAGAGUUGGAAGGGUUGGAUAUGCCAUUGAGAUUCUGAAUUGUAUGAUAAAUGAUGGGUAUGAGCUUAAUGUGAGGAUUUGCUCUUUGAUAUUGUCAUCUUUGUGUGAACAAAGAGAUUUGUCCAGUGUUGAGGUUAUGGGUUUUGUGGAGAGAAUGAGGAAACUGGGUUUUUGUCCUGGAAUGAUGGAUUAUUCUAAUGUGAUUAGGUUUUUGGUCAGGGGAGGGAAGGGUUUGGAUGCUUUGGAGGUUUUGAAUCGGAUGAAAGUAGAUGGGAUUAAGCCCGACAUUUUUUGUUAUACGAUGGUUUUAAAUGGGAUUAUCCUAGAAGGGGAUUAUGGGAAGGCAGAUGACCUGUUUGAUGAAUUGCUUGUAUUGGGUUUGGUUCCUGAUGUUUAUACUUAUAAUGUAUAUAUAUAUGGUAUGUGUAAGAAGAGUAAUGUGGAAGCUGGAAUUAAGAUGAUUGCUUCAAUGGAGGAGUUGGGGUGCAAACCCAAUGUGAUUACUUACAAUACAAUAAUGGAUGCGUUGUGUAAGGUUGGGGAGUUGAGUAGGAUGAGGGAGCUAGUGAAAGAGAUGGGAGGGAAGGGUAUUGAGUUCAACUUGCGGACAUAUAGGAUUAUGCUGGAAGGUUUUGUUGGUAAAGGUGAAAUUAUUGAAGCUUGUGCUUUGUCCGAGGAAAUGCUGGAGAAGUGUUUCCGUCCUCGAUGUACGGCAUUUGAUGAGAUAAUAUUUGGGUUGUGCCAAAAAGGCUUGGUUUGUAAAGCAGUGGAAUUGAUUAAGAAAAUGAUUGGCAAGAAUGUUGUUCCUGGGUCUUUUGCCUGGGAAGCAUUGCUUCUUAGCUCCGGAUCUAAACUUAGCUUUUCUGAGACCAUUUUGACUGGUUUAGUGAAUGCUGAACCCAAUGUAAACUCACCCAUUUAGGCUUCUGGACAGUAAACUUGAUUUGGAAACCUAGUGAAUUAUGUUAUGUCUCUCAUCGAUGUUCGGAGUGCUGUUACUUAGAGUCGGUGUUGAAGAGUUGAACUACAAGUUGCUGCUUCCAUGUGUUUGCUAUGGGGUUCAGUUUGAGUAACGGUGAAAAUACGUCUCUGUUGUGCAAGCACGGAAAAGGACAUACUAUUUUUCUGCAGAGAAGCAAUUUAUCCUGGCUCAACUCUCUGUUACUUUGCCUGUCAAUUGUACUUCUCUCCAUUCAAGCAUGAUCGACAUAACAUGGCUAUUUAUAAAUAUAAAUAUUCUGUCGCAUGAGGCAUGAGUCUCUAGUGGAGAAAUGUUCAUCUGGAGAACACGUGGCAUACUCAUAUGGCUUCUGAAAAAAAAAAUGGAAAACGGCUGGCUUGCACUAUGGUGCGAAAAGGAGUAUAUGAGAAGCUGCGUUUUAUGUUUUGUUAGUAGUCGUUUUGAUAGUAAAUAGUUAAUGGGCUGAACAAUCAGUGGUUUACAACCAAACGGGCUGGAUUGUAAUAAAAGGAGUUGGACUAUUAUAAAUAGAAGAAAAUAUCAGAUUGUAGUCACUACUUGGAGGCCCAAAUAGCCUAUUGUAAUUCUUCCAUAUUCUACCAUUUCCAUUACAUCUCAGUUUAUAUUCCAAAUAUGCAAAUCAAAAACUGGGCAGCCGCUGGUUGCUUCCACUUCUCUCUCUGUUCUUUGCUUGGUUUUGGUUUUGUGCAAAGUUAUCAGCAGAAACUUCUUUAUCCCCAAGGGGCAAGGGCAAUAUGGCAACCUCCUCCCCAUAACUUGGUUUUUAAUUGUUUAUAAAUCUUUGUCCUUGGCUGCUACUAUAAAAAUAAGUUGUGAAAUGCGUUGGAGCUGAGACCAGAUAAUUUAGAUUAAUAUAUGAAGUCUAAUAUAAUCUAGUCCAGGGUGCCACAGGCGAAACCCUCCAGAUUUGGAACCUCGUUAGCAGGGACCAGUUUUUUGUGAUUAGUGCUUUUAGCUAGCUUGCCUGAGACAGAAGGCUUUUAGGUUUUGUCGUGGACAGAAUUGCUUUGUCUUCUUCUUUUUGGCUUGUUUCAUGACUUUUUUCUUCUUCCUGUUUUUGUGGU